AUGAGCGGAUUGCAACUUAACCGCAAACGACCCCGUGCGGAGUCGUCCGAUUUUGCCAGCCAGCCGAAAGGAGAAUUGCGUCGAGACGACGAAUAUUGGUUCGAAGAUGGGAACAUCAUCAUCGUCGCGCAGGAAGUCGGGUUUCGCGUGUACAAGGGCCUCCUUGCGAUGAAGUCCGAGGUAUUCAGAGACAUGUUCAGCCUCCCCCAGCCGGCCCCGAAUCCAGGAUCCUCGCGUGGAGAGACCUCUGAAUGUCCUAUCGUCCACGUCACCGACACAGCGGCGGAAAUUCGCUUGCUUCUUGCCAGCCACCUCACUUCUGCCGAGUUUGUGAGCGCCAGCCACACCUUCGACGAUAUCGCAAAUGGUGUUCGAAUGGGACACAAAUAUGGAAACCCGACGCUCCUCAAGUAUUCCCUGGAAAGACUGGAGAGAUAUUAUCCAGCCGAUCCUUCGAAAUGGGACAGGUUGGGACAGGAUCCAUACGGGGAUCCGCACGCGAUCGUGGCCGUUAUUCUGGCACGGCUCGCGAACACGCAAUCAGUGCUUACGCCCGCGCUGUACGCUUGCUGCCAACUGGACGGGAAGACGUUGGUCGAAGGGCGAGUUCGCCUAGAUGGCAUUGUAGAUAUGUUGAGCCCGGAGGACCUCGUGCGGUGCAUCGACGGGAAGGCGAGGUUAUGGUCGUACCUCAUGGAGACUGUAGACGAAGCUUUUAGGCCAAUCAGGACGGUGCCCUGCCCAGAUACCGACGGUCGCUGUGACCACUCUUUCGCGCUUAUGCGGAGGGAAUGGAUGAGCAGCACGCGCCGUGUCGGUGGCGCAUGCAAUGUUCUUCGUCCAUGGAAAACCGACAUCCAAGCUCUCGUCGAUACGCAUCAAUAUCCCCUCUGCAGGUUUUGUACCGAGAUGCUCUACUUGAGGGCGGAGAGCAUACGCAAGAGAUCCCUGUCGAAGCUAGCGCAGCAGCUCGGGGUAGACGCAGAGCCGUGA